CAGUCUUCUACCCUUCCCCCCCCAAUACCUACCUGUUUUUGCUGUUCUAUUCUUGCGAUACGUCACUACGAAACCCAGACAAUUCGAGUCUGUUCAUGGCUCUUGUCUACACGACCGUCAAUUAUGCACGACGGUGCAGUGCUUUCUAGUCACCUUUUCCCACCCCCCUAAAUGUAUAUUGCUCCUUCGACUACCCUUUCCCCCCUUACACCUUGCGGUCACCUACAACUUCCCUUUUGUCAAUCAAUCAACCAAUGGAACUGGCGUUUUUUUUCACUAAGACUUGGACCUGGACGGAUGAAUCGGGUGUCGCAGGUGUGCCAUAGCACCUCCACUAUCAAUCCCCAAGUCUUACGUGUGUUUUUUUACGAUAUGAGAAUUACUCUUUUUUUUCUUGUUUGCAUGACUCUGACAUCAAUUACGACGACCCACGCUCGUUUUACACAUAAGCUCUGUCUUUCGCUUCUUGCAUAUGUUGUUUUUGCUUUUGGCUUGUAUUACGAUGCUCAUGAACUGCUUUGAGCUUCCUCGGCAGGGAUGGGGGGGAAAGCUGGGUUUUUUCACGGGGUUUGGGCUGGGUUUGGG